CGAAGAUGCGUUUCUUGAAGCCAAAUAUAAAUACAAGAAAGAAAAUAUUUUAAAGAGAUUGUCCGUAUUCUUAAACCAACUUGUUCUUUAAUUCAAAAAGUGAUUUAUUCAAUACUAAAAACACUUAAAAUUCAGAAGCUUAAUAAACUUCUUAUCGCUACAAGACUUUAAAGCACUAUGUACACACUGGAACAGUGGCGCUGCCCAGCGAGAAUUGCAUUCGCCAAUGUGACCCUAUUGCUAUGUAUAUGAUCAUUAGCCUCAGACAUAUGUGGCAACCACAGCUGAUAUUUUGUGCUUUUUCAGUACAUUCCCUGAAUUCGUUCGGGUGAUUAGCAUUGCUUUUUUAGCUAUUGGAAAUAAAUAAAUGAGGAUCUUAUAAUGACAGAAAAUUUACUUGAAGGGCGCAAGCAACUGGAGAACAGUUCUGCUAAUUUAAAAGUAGAACAAAACAAUAAUCAGACUGAAAAUUUGCAGGAAUUACUACCCGAUGUCAAACAAAGCAAGGAAGAUAAAAUUCGCAUGGAGACGGAAGCUAUCAGCCAGACUGCCACAUCUGAUAAUCAAGAACAUAAAAUAACACAAUUUGUUCUGCAAUUACUUGGUGAUCUCAAAGGCCAAGAGGAACUUCAUUUAAGCGAAGUAAAAGAGCUUCGUAAGGAGCUGGAAGAAAAGGAUAACAUAUGCAAUCAGUUAAAACUUGAGAUAUCCCAAGUUCGAGAAAACCCAACAUUUUAUGAUCUUAAAAGUCACGAAGAACGUCAUUCACGAGAAGUAAAAGAUCUUCGCACACAGCUGAAAUUAAAUGAUAAUGUAAAUCGGAAGUUAACAAAUGAAGUUUUCACUGUGCGGAAAAAUUUUAUUCAAAUGCGCAAGCAAUUGCUUAACGACCUCAAAAGUAGAGAAGAAUGUCAUUUACGAUACGUAAACGAGCUUCGUGAAGAGUUAAAAGCAAAAGAAAAUAAUCUUAAAGAUCAAGAAGAACGCCAUUCACGAGAAGUAAACAAACUUCGUGAGGAGGUGGAUGUAAGAGAUAACACAUGCCAUGAGUUAGAACUGGAAGUAUCCCAAGUCCGACAAAAUCCGGAAUUUAUUUUAAUGCGACAGCAAUUGCUUGACGAUCUUAAAGGUCAAGAGGAGCUUCAUUUACGAGAAGUAAAAGAGCUUCGCAAAGAGCUAGAGGCAAAGGAUAAUAUAUGCCAGGAGCUAGAACUUAAGGUAUCCCAAGUUCAUGAAAACCCUGAAUUUAUUAAAAUGCGACAGCAAUUACUUGAUGAUCUUAAAGGUCAAAAAGAACAUCAUUCACAGGAAGUAAAAGAGUUUCGCAAGGAGAUGAAAAUAAAUGAUAUUAAGUGUCAUCAGUUAACAAAUGAAGUUUUCGAUGUGCGGAAAAACUUUAUUCAAAUGCGAGAACAAUUACUUAAUGAUCAAAAAAGUCAAGAAGAACGUCAUUUACAAGAAGUAAAAGAGCUUCGCUUGGAGUUAGAAUUAAAGGAUAAUAAUCUUAAAGAUGCAGAAGAACAUCAUUUGCGAGAAGUAACAGAGCUUCGCAAGGAGCUGAAAAUAAAUGUUAAUAUGUGUCAGCAGUUAACGAAUGAAGUCUUCGAGAUGCAGAAAAGUCUUGAAAGCCAUUUACUAGAAAUAAACGAGAAGCAUAAGGAGCUGGAGUCAAAAGACAGCCUUUGUCAACUGUUGGAGCUUAAAUUGUCUCAAGUGCGAGAAAAUCCUGAAUUUCUUCAAAUGCGCCAGCAAUUACUUGAUGAACUUGAAGGUCAAGAAGAACUUCACUUGGUCGAAGUAAAUAAGCUUCGUAAGGAACUGGAGGCUAAGGAUACAAUAUGCCAUCAGUUAGAGCAUGAAGUAUUCGCAGUGCAGGAAAAUGCAGAGUUUAUUCAAAUGCGAGAACAAUUAAUGGAUAAUCUCAAAGAUCAAGAAGAACGUCAUUUACGAGAAAUAAGUGACCUUCGCAAGGUGCAGGAGGACAAAGAUAAAUUAUGCUUGGAGAAAGAGCAGGAAGCAGCUCAACUUCGAGAUCGUCUUAACUUCAACAUGUCUUGUCCCAUAUGUUUGGAGCCAUGGAAUUCUUCGGAACAUCGCAUGGUUGCGUUGUUAUGUGGUCACCUUUUCGGUGAAUCAUGCGCACGACAAUGCCUGCAAAGAAAUUCAAAUUGUCCAGAAUGUCGAGUUCCUGCUUCAGAAAGUAAUAUUCGUAAACUAUUUCCCCGUUAAUAAUUUAUUCAAUCUGCUUGUACUACGCGUAGUAAAUUUUAACAAUACAAAAGAGCCAAUAAACAAUUAAUAAUUUCUUAUCUAUUUACAUAUGUAUGUACAUAUAUAUCAUUAGCUUCUUAUGACGCAUUCAUUUAUUGAUUGAACUUUCAACAACUAUCAAUGCAGUAAAACCAAUGACCAAGUUUGACAAGAUAAUCGGUAUAUUUUCAUUAAUCUAUAGAGAACACAGAGUUUACAACGGCGAUAAUAGUAAUUUUUUAUAUUAACACAAUUGAAUUAAAUUGUGCGUAUAAACAAAAUUUCAUAAUUCUAAAGCUAUAUAAUUACAUAUUUCUCCUACAUAAUCAUUUUAUUAAAAUUACCAAUCGCAUAAAUUAUGCAGAAAUACUGAUCGUAAAUUUUACUUUAUUCCUUAAAAACCUUUCUUUUAUGGUCAAAUGUUUAAUAUUUUUGUAGAACCGUGAAUGGGGAUUCCCACCAACAAGUACGAAACCUAGACAUUUCUUUGUGUACACACUGGAGGGCUUCGUCGCUAAAUGAGAAUUAAACUCUCACUAGUGUGACCUUACUGCUGCUUUACCAUAUUCUUUUGACCAAUAUGGCAACUCUAUUUCCUGCUUUUCCAGUGAAUUCCCUAAUCUUUUUAGUGAGUCAGGAGCAUUGCGUGUUUAGCUCUUGUGAAUUGACUAUUGACAACGCAGUUAAUUAAAAAAAUGGAGGAUCUGAAAAAAAGCAUUUUAGAUAUGAUGGCAGUAAAAUUGGACGAUGGUCUUAGGCUACUGGAGAAUAGAGUUGCUAAUGUGGAAGUUAAGCAGAAUAACAACAAUCCUGAGAAUUUCCAGUAUCAGCAAUUGCUAGACGAUUUAAAACAAAACAAAGAUGAGAGUAAACUGCAAUUCGAAAAGAUUCAAAAGGAAGCUGAAGCAAUGAGUAUUAAAAAUGCUCAGCUUGAGCUCAAAAUUUCUGAUUUGCUUAAAAAUAUUGAAAAUCUUCGCAAAGAUGAAGGCGAUAAAGAAGAUCAGC